CAAAAUAUAUACAGUGUAGUAAAUAUAUCCUAAAGCUUCUGCAUUGUCACGUGCUCCGCAGAGCUUCGCGCUCACACUAGUUUGACCCGCAGGAGGAGCCGUCCGAUCAUGUGAUACAAACAGGAAGUGUCGCCCUUCACUGCCGCAGCGAUGGAUUCUUGGUUGUCUACAUAUGAUUCUACCUAUCGCCUUGCACAAGAGAUUGCCGAGAAAAUCCACGAGCGGAAUCGAUACUUGCGGAAUGGAGAGAACCCAGUUAAGAUAAAUGUGACUGUUAGGUCUCUCAUGAAGAGGCUGAAUGAGAGCAUCGGACAGCUGAGGAAUUCCUUACUGCGAUCGGUCUCCACACGUCAGAUCACACAAUUAGAAGGAGACCGCAGACAGAACCUGGUAGAUGAGCUCCUCACCAAAGAGCGACAGCUGCAAGACUCCUUUAAGAGUGAAGGUGCCGCACCAGAUGUCAUAAGGUCGAGUCUGAUGACUGGCGGAGCAGCAGGAUCGUCUCAGUACAAUCCAUGGGUGAUGGAGGAACCAGAGGAGACACGAGGCCUCGGGGUUGGAGAGUUGAGACAACAACAGCAGCGGGUUAUAGCAGAACAAGAUGCUGGCCUGGAUGCUCUCUCAUCGAUCAUCGCCCGUCAGAAGCAGAUGGGAUACGAUAUUGGAAAUGAACUUGAAGAACAGAACGAAAUUAUUGAUGACCUUGCAAAUCUUGUAGAAAACACGGAUGCGAGGGUCCGCAAUCAGACAAGACACGUGAAACUGGUGGAUAGGAAAUCUGGAUCAUGUGCCAUGAUGGUGGUUAUCGUUCUACUUCUCAUCGCUAUAGUAGUCGUUGCGGUUUGGCCUUCAAAGUGACCGGCAGAGCAAGACCCGGCAUUUCUGCUAGAGAAAACAUUGGCGCCUCCUGAUGGUCUGGUAAGAGGCGGCAGACACAGGUUAUUUCUUCCACUGGUAUCACGGGAAUGGAUGGACUAAUUUAAAUGGUUAAACCCAUGUUAUACUUCUUUUUCUACACUCACCCAAUGAUUAAUGCAAAAUAAAGCAGUUUUUUCAUGAGCUU